CCGUGGUCCCCGGAGCUGGAAGAUGGCGAAGCUGGGCGCGCGGCUCCGCGCGGGGAGCGUGGGGAGCGCACGGCGCGCGGCGGGGCCGCUGCUCCUGGUCUGCCUGGCGCUGCUGGGCGCAGCGCGGGCGCGGGAGUCGGCGGACAGCGGCUUCAGCCUGCACCCGCCCUACUUCAACCUGGCCGAGGGCGCCCGCAUCGCCGCCUCGGCCACCUGCGGCGAGGAGGCCCCGGCGCGCGGCGCCCCGCGCCCCACCGAGGACCUCUACUGCAAGCUGGUGGGGGGCCCUGUGGCGGGCGGGGACCCCAACCAGACCAUCCAGGGCCAGUACUGCGACAUCUGCACGGCCGCCAACAGCAACAGGGCGCACCCCGUGAGCAACGCCAUCGACGGCACAGAGCGCUGGUGGCAGAGCCCGCCGCUGUCCCGGGGACUGGAGUACAAUGAGGUCAACGUCACUCUGGACCUGGGCCAGGUCUUCCACGUGGCCUAUGUGCUCAUCAAGUUCGCCAACUCGCCACGGCCAGACCUCUGGGUGCUGGAGCGGUCCACAGACUUCGGACACACCUACCAGCCGUGGCAGUUCUUUGCGUCCUCCAAGAGGGACUGCUUCGAACGGUUCGGGCCACAGACGCUGGAGCGCAUCACACGGGACGACCACGUCAUCUGUUCCACUGAGUACUCUCGGAUCGUGCCCCUGGAGAACGGCGAGAUUGUGGUAUCCCUGGUGAACGGGCGCCCCGGGGCCAUGAACUUCUCCUACUCGCCCCUGCUGCGUGACUUCACCAAAGCUACCAACAUCCGCCUGCGCUUCCUACGCACCAACACGCUGCUGGGCCACCUCAUGGGCAAGGCGCUGCGGGACCCCACCGUCACUCGCCGGUACUAUUACAGCAUCAAGGACAUCAGCAUCGGCGGCCGCUGUGUCUGCCACGGCCACGCAGACGUUUGUGAUGCCCAAGACCCCACGGACCCCUUCAGGCUUCAGUGCGCCUGUCAACACAACACGUGUGGGGGCUCCUGUGACCGCUGCUGUCCCGGCUUCAACCAGCGGCCGUGGAAGCCGGCCACCACCGACAGUGCCAACGAGUGCCAGUCUUGCAAUUGCCACGGCCACGCCCACGACUGCUUCUACGACCCUGAGGUGGACCGGCGCAACGCCAGCCAGAACCAGGACAACAUCUACCAGGGCGGGGGCGUGUGCAUCGACUGCCAGCAUCACACCACUGGCAUCAACUGUGAACGCUGCCUGCCCGGCUUCUACCGGGCCCCGGACCACCCUCUCGACUCUCCCCACGCUUGUCGCCGCUGCGGCUGCGAGUCGGACUUCACAGACGGGACGUGUGAGGACCUGACCGGCCGCUGCUACUGCCGGCCCCACUUCACGGGGGAGCGUUGCGACGCGUGCGCCGAGGGCUUCACUGGCUUCCCGCGCUGCUACCCGGUGCCCUCCUUCUCCCCCAAUGACACCGGCGAGCAGGUGCUGCCAGCCGGACAGAUUGUGAACUGUGACUGCAGCGCGGCCGGGACCCAGGGCAAUGCCUGCCGCAAGGACCCGCGGCUGGGACGCUGCGUGUGCAAACCCGGCUUCCAGGGCGCUCACUGUGAGCUCUGUGCCCCAGGCUUCUCCGGCCCCGGCUGCCAGCCGUGCGGGUGCUCCAGCCCUGGAGUGGUGGACGGGGACUGUGACCGAGACUCCGGCCGGUGCACCUGCCGGGAGGGCUUCGAGGGGCCCGCGUGUGACCGCUGUGCGCCGGGUUACUACCACUUCCCUCUCUGCCAGUUGUGUGGCUGCAGCCCUGCGGGGACCCUGCCCGAGGGCUGCGACGAAGCUGGUCACUGCCCGUGCCGGCCCGAGUUUGAUGGCCCUCACUGUGACCGCUGCCGCCCGGGCUACCAUGGCUACCCCGACUGCCGCGCCUGCACCUGCGACCCCCGCGGUGCCCUGGACCAGCUCUGCGGGGCGGGCGGGACGUGCCACUGCCGCCCUGGCUACACAGGCGCCGCCUGCCAGGAGUGCAGCCCCGGCUUCCACGGCUUCCCCGACUGCGCCCCCUGCCUCUGCUCCGCCGAGGGCUCCCUGCACGAGUCCUGCGACCCCCGCAGCGGACAGUGCAGCUGCCGGCCCCGCGUGACAGGGCUGCGAUGUGACGCGUGUGCUCCCGGCGCCUACAACUUCCCCUCCUGUGAAGCUGGCUCCUGCCAUCCUGCCGGCCUGGCCCCAGCCAGUCAUGGCCUUCCUGAGGCACAGGCCCCCUGUACGUGCCGGGCCCAUGUGGAGGGGCCCAGCUGCGAUCGCUGUAAACCCGGGUUCUGGGGGCUGAGUCCCAGGAGCCCUGAGGGCUGUACCCGCUGCAGCUGCGACCCCCGGGGCACACUGGGCGGACUUACUGAGUGCCAGCCGGGCGACGGCCAGUGCUCCUGUAAGCCUCACGUGUGUGGCCAGACCUGCGCGGCAUGCCGGGAUGGCUUCUUCGGGCUGGACCAGGCCGACUACUUUGGCUGCCGCAGCUGCCGGUGUGACGUCGGUGGUGCGCUAGGACAGGGCUGUGACCCGAGGACGGGUGCCUGCCGGUGCCGCCCCAACACACAGGGCCUCACCUGCAGCGAGCCAGCGCGAGACCACUACCUCCCUGACCUGCACGACCUGCGGCUGGAGCUGGAGGAGGCGGCCACGCCCGAUGGCCACACCGUACGCUUUGGCUUCAACCCCCUUGAGUUCGAGAGCUUCAGCUGGAGGGGCUACGCGCAGAUGACACCCAUCCAGCCCAGGAUCGUGGCAAAGCUGAACGUGACCUCCCCCGACCUCUUCCGGCUCGUCUUCCGCUACGUCAACCGUGGGCCCACCAGUGUGAGCGGGCGAGUCUCCGUGCAAGAGGAGGGCAAGUUUGCCACCUGCAGCAACUGCACAGAGCAGAGCCAGCCCGUCGCCUUCCCACCCAGCACGGAGCCUGCCUUUGUCACUGUGCCCCAGAGGGGCCUCGGGGGGCCCUUUGUGCUGAACCCUGGCACCUGGGCCCUGCUCGUGGAGGCCGAAGGGGUGCUCCUGGACUACGUGGUUCUGCUACCCAGCACCUACUACGAGGCCGCACUCCUGCAACUGCGGGUGACCGAGGCCUGCACGUUCCGGCCUGCCGCCCAGCGCUCCGGGGAGACCUGCCUCCUCUACACCCACCUGCCCUUGGAUGGCUUCCCCUCAGCUGUUGGACCCGAGGCCCUGUGUCGCCAUGACAACAGUCUACCCCGGCCUUGCCCCACGGAGCAGCUCAGCCCCUCACACCCGCCCCUGGCCGCCUGCCUGGGCAGUGACGUGGACGUUCAGCUUCAGGUGGUAGUGCCACGGCCAGGCCGCUACGCACUGGUGGUGGAGUAUGCCAGUGAGGACGCCCGCCAGGAGGUGGGCGUGGCUGUGCACACCCCCCAGCGGGCCCCGCAGCAGGGGGCACUCACGCUCCACCCCUGCCCUUACAGCACCCUGUGCCGGGGCGCUGCCCUGGACACCCAGCACCACCUGGCUGCCUUCCACCUGGACACGGAGGCCAGCGUCCGGCUCACAGCUGAGCAGGCACGCUUCUUCCUGCACAGCGUCACCCUGGUGCCGGUGGAGACGUUCAGCUUGGAGUUCGUGGAGCCCCGGGUCCGCUGUGUCAGCAGCCAUGGUGCCUUCAACCCCAGCAGUGCCACCUGCCUGCUCUCUCGCUUCCCGAAGCCGCCCCAGCCCAUCAUCCUCAGGGACUGCCAGGUGCUGCCACUGCCCUCUGGCCUCCCGCUCGCACACUCGCAGGACCUCACACCCGGUGCACCCCCGUCGGGGCCCCAGCCUCGGCCCCCCACUGCCGUGGACCCCGAUGUGGAGCCCACGCUGCUGCGCCACCCCCAGGGCACUGUGGUCUUCACCACCCAGGUGCCCGCCCUGGGCCGCUACGCCUUCCUGCUGCACGGCUACCAGCCCGACCACCCCACCUUCCCCGUGGAGGUCCUCAUCAGUGGGGGCCGAGUCUGGCAGGGCCAUGCCAAUGCCAGCUUCUGCCCGCAUGCCUAUGGCUGCCGCAUCCUGAUUGUGUGUGAGGGCCAGGCCGUCCUGGACGUGACCGACAGUGAGCUCACCGUGACCACGCGGGUGCCUGAGGGCCGGUGGCUCUGGUUGGAGUAUGUGUUGGUGGUCCCUGAGGAGGUCUACAGCUCCAGCUAUCUCCGAGAGGAGCCCCUGGACAAAUCCUAUGACUUCAUCAGCCAAUGUGCCAGCCAUGGGUACCACAUCAGCUCGCCCCCGUUCUGUCGUGGUGGGGGGGGGGCUCUCUCUCUCUUCUAUAACAACGGGGGGGGGGGGGGCGGCUGCCAUGAAAUGGGUGCCACAGGCCCCACGUGUGAACCCUUCGGGGGCCAGUGUCCCGGGGGGGGGGACGUCAUCGGCCGUGAGUGCUCCCGCUGUGCCACUGGCUACUGGGGCUUCCCCAGCUGCAGGGGGGGGGGGUGCCGAGGCCGUCUGUGUGACGAGGGGGGGGGGGGGUGUGUCUGCCCGCCACGCACCGUCGGGGGGGGGGGCGUGGUCUGCCAGCCCCAGAGCUUUGGGGGGGGGGCCCUGGUGGGCUGUGAGGAGUGUAACGGGGGGGGGGCCGGUGUCCAGGAGCUCACCGACCCCGGGGGGGGGGCGGACAGUGGCCAGUGCAAGUGCAGAGGGGGGGGGGGCGGGCGCCGCUGUGACGCCUGCGCCCGGGGGGGGGGUGGUUACCCCAGCUGCCGCCCCUGCGGGGGGGGGGGGGCGGGCUCCAUGCCCAGCAUAUGUGGGGGGGGGGGAGGCCAGUGCCACUGCAAGGAGAGGGGGGGGGGCCCUCGGUGUGACCAGUGCCGCCUUGGGGGGGGGGGCCUUGAAGCCGCCAACCCAAAGGGCUGGGGGGGGGGCUUCUGCUUCGGGGCCACCGAGCGCUGGGGGGGGGGGGCCCACGCCCGCCGUGAGGGGGGGGGGGUGGAGGGCUGGACGCUGCUGAGCAGUGGGGGGGGGGUGGUUCCUCACGAGCUGCGAGCAGAGGGGGGGGGGGUCUACGCGGACCUGCGGCAUGGCUUCGGGGGGGGGGCUGAGCUAUACUGGCAGGCCCCACCCGGGGGGGGGGGGGACAGGGUGGGGGGGGGGGGUGGGACCCUCCGCUACGAACUUCAUGGGGGGGGGGAGCGUGGAGACGUGUUCAUCCCCACAGGGGGGGGGGCGGACGUGGUGCUGCAGGGCAACCAGAUGAGGGGGGGGGGGCUGGAGCCAAUGUACCCAGCGCCCGGGGGGGGGGGGCAUGGACGACUGCAGCUGGUGGAGGGGACCUUCCGGCACACAGAGACACACAACGCCGUGUCCCGCGAGGGGGGGGGGGGGGUGCUGGCGAGUCUGGAGCGGCUGCGGGGGGGGGGCCUGUUCUCCCAGACCUCCUCGGCCGGGGGGGGGGGCAGCGUGGUGCUGGAGGUGGCCGGCGGGGGGGGGGGGGGGCCUCCGGCCAGCAACGUGGAGCGGGGGGGGGGCCCGGCCAACUACCGUGGAGAUUCGUGCCAGGAAUGUGCCCCUGGGGGGGGGGGGGACAUCAAAGGUCUCUUCUUGGGUCGCUGUGUCCCCUGUCAGUGCCAUGGCCACUCAGACGGGGGGGGGGCUGGCUCGGGCAUCUGCAUGGGCUGCCAGCACGGGGGGGGGGGUGACCACUGUGAGCACUGCCGGGCUGGCUUCGUGCGCAGUGGGUCUGAGGACCCGAUGGCCGGGGGGGGGGGCUGCCCCUGCCCCCUCGCAGUGCCUGGGGGGGGGGAAGCUGGGGGCUGCGUCCUGCGAGGAGGGGGGGGGGGGUGUCUCUGCAAACCCGGCUACGCGGGGGGGGGGGGCGAGCGGUGCGCGCCCGGCUUCUUCGGGAACGGGGGGGGGGUGGGCAGCUCCUGCCAGCCGUGCGACGGGGGGGGGGACGGCGACCCCAACCUGCUCUUCAGCGGGGGGGGGGCCCUGACAGGCGCCUGCCGCAGCUGCGGGGGGGGGGCCGCCGGGCCCCGCUGCGAGAGCUGCGGGGGGGGGGUUUACGGCAAUGCCCUGGUGCCCGGCGGGGGGGGGGGGUGUGACUGCUCUGGGGGGGGGGGAGAGACCUGUGACCCCCACAGUGGGCGGGGGGGGGGCAAGGCAGGAGUGACCGGGCCACGCUGGGGGGGGGGUCAGGAAGGAUACUUCGGGGGGGGGGGCUGUGGGGGCUGCCGCCCAUGCGCCUGGGGGGGGGGCGCGGAGGGCUCCGAGUGCCACCCCCAGAGUGGGCAGUGCCACUGCCGGCCAGGGGCCGCAGGGGGGGGGGGCCACGAGUGUGCCCCUGGCCACUGGGGGGGGGGGGGGCAGGGCUGCAGGCGGGGGGGGGGCCAGGGGGGCCACUGCGACGUGCACGGGGGGGGGGGCACCUGCCCCCCUGGGCUCAGUGGGGGGGGGGGGGACACCUGCAGCCAACAGCACCAGGUGGGGGGGGGGGGAGGGCCUGGGGACCAUGGCAUCCACGGGGGGGGGGCGUCACUCUGCGCUAUGUGUGACCACUGUGUGGUGGGGGGGGGGGACGACCUGGAGCGGGCUGGCGCCCUGGGGGGGGGGAUCCGGGAGCAGGUGCGCAGCAUCAACGCCAGCUCCAUGGCCUGGGCCCGGCUGCACAGGCUGGGGGGGGGGAUCGCCGACCUGCAGAGGCAGCUCCAGAGCGGGGGGGGGGUCCGCCACCAGACGGUGCAGGAGCUGGGGGGGGGGGAACAGCAGAGCUCAAGCCUCGGACAGGGGGGGGGGGGGCUGGACGGCCAGGCCACAAGAGCCCUCGCCGAGGCCGGCCGGCUGCUGGACAGCAGGGGGGGGGGACUGGGCCAGGCGCAGACGCUGCUGGGGGGGGGGGGGGCUGUGGACCGCAUCCUGAGUGAGCUCACGUCCCAGCCGGGGGGGGGGUCCCCGGCCAACGCCUCGGCCCCGUCGGGUGAGCAUGUGCGCCGGACACUGGCUGAGGUGGAGGGGGGGGGGGGGGAGAUGCGGGCCCGAGACCUGGGGGGGGGGGGGGCAGCUGCUGAGGCCGAGCUGGAUGCGGGGGGGGGGCUGCUGGCCCAUGUGCAGGAGCAGGGGGGGGGGGGCUGGGAGGGGAACCGGGCACUGGCCGGGGGGGGGGGGGACCAGCUGGCCCAGCACGAGGCUGGCCUCAUGGACCUUCGAGGGGCCCUGAACCGGGCAGGGGGGGGGGCUCGGGAGGCUGAGGAGCUCAACAGCCGAAACCAGGAGCGCCUGGAGGACGCCCUGCACCGGGGGGGGGGGCUGUCCAGGGACAAUGCCACCCUGAGGGGGGGGGGGCAGGCUGCCAGUGACACCCUGGCCCGGGGGGGGGGGCUCCUGGGGGGGGGUGAGCACCUUGCUGCCAACCUGGAUGGGGGGGGGGGGCCACUGCUGGAGAAGAUGCGGGCCUGGGGGGGGGGAAGCAGCAAGGUGGAGUUGGUGGAAGGGGGGGGGGGCCACGCACAGCAGCUGGACCAGCUGGCCUUCAACCUGUCCAGCAUCAUCCGUGGAGUCAACGGGGGGGGGGUCAUCCAGCGGGCCAUCGAGGCCGCUGGGGGGGGGGGCAGCAUUCUCCAAGCCGUGCAGGCCGGGGGGGGGGCUGCUGGUCAGGCGCUGCAGCAGGCGAGCCACACAUGGGCGAUGGUGGUGCAGGGGGGGGGGGCCCCCCGAGCCCGGGAGCUGUUGACGGGGGGGGGGGCCCUGGCAGAGGCCACCGUCAGGGGGGGGGGGGGGCUGGGCCGCGUGUCCGGGGGGGGGGAGACACUGCCACAGCUACUCGCCAAGGGGGGGGGGGUGGAAAACCGUGGCGCGCACAACGCCGGGGGGGGGGUGUCUGCCAGCAUCGGCCGCGUGCGGGGGGGGGGGGCCCAGGCCCGCGGAGCUGCCAGCAAGGGGGGGGGGGGCGCCGGGGUCAAGGUGUCCAUGAAGUUGGGGGGGGGGUCAGGGGUGCAGCUGCGUGCCCCCCGGGGGGGGGGGGACCUCGCCGCCUACACCGCUCUCAAGGGGGGGGGGCAGAGUCCAGAGCCGGAGUCUGGCCAGGGGGGGGGGGAUCGCUUUGUGCUGUACAUGGGGUCGGGGGGGGGGGUCGGGGACUACAUGGGCGUGGCUCUGGGGGGGGGGAAGGUGCACUGGGUAUACCGCCUGGGGGGGGGGGGGCUCGCAGCCCUCAGCGUCGACGAAGAGGGGGGGGGGCAGUUCGCAGCAGUCAGCAUUGACAGGGGGGGGGGGGGGGGGGGGUUUGGCCACAUGUCUGUCACGGUGGGGGGGGGGGGGCUCCAUGAGACCAAGGGCGACACAGGGGGGGGGGGGGCUGAGGGGCUGCUCAGUUUGCGGCGGGGGGGGGGUGUCUUCUACGUGGGGGGCUACCCCAGCCACUUCACGGGGGGGGGGCCCCUCCGCUUCCCUGGCUACCUGGGGGGGGGGGGGAUGGACACGCUUAACGAGGAGGUUCUGGGGGGGGGGAACUUCGAGGAGACCUUCCAGCUGGAGGGGGGGGGGGACAGGCCUUGCGCCCGCUCCAGGGGGGGGGGGGACCCGUGGCUCACAGAUGGCUCCCGGGGGGGGGGCUCCGGCUUCGCGCGCAUCAGCAUGGGGGGGGGGCUGCUGGGGGGUAAUCGUGGCCGUGUGGGGGGGGGGCUGGUGCGCGUGGAGAGGAACAACGUGGGGGGGGGGGACCACAGCAGCACGCUGGAGCUGGCGGGGGGGGGGUACCUGGGAGGCGUGCCGCCCGACCAGCUGCCGCCAAGCCUGCAGCAGCUCUUCGGGGGGGGGGGCUCAAUCCGUGGCUGCAUCAAGGGCGGGGGGGGGGAGGGCAAGUACGUGGAUCUCAAGAGGGGGGGGGGGGCGGGCAUCAGCUCGGGCUGCACUGCCGGGGGGGGGGCCGGCCGACGUAGCCGCCAGCCCCCCCAGGACCCUGCCUGCACAACACCCUGGCCGGGGGGGGGGAUCCAAGAUGCCUACCAGUUUGGGGGGGGGGGGGGGAGUUACCUGGAGUUUGCCCACAUCCCGGGGGGGGGGGGGAACUGGUCCCACCUCUCGAUGCUGGUCCGUCCUCGUACCCCACGAGGACUCCUGCUGCUCGCUGGGGGGGGGGCGGCCAGCAGCCCUUCUCUGCUUCUCGGGGGGGGGGACGGACACUUUGUUGCCCAGACGGAGGGGGGGGGGGCCCAGCUCCGCGUCCAGAGCCGCCAGGGGGGGGGGGCUGGCCGGUGGUGGCCACCAGCAGGGGGGGGGGCAGUGGCUGUGUGA